GGCAACCCUGACUGAUGUUUAUUUUCUUGUUUAAAGUAAAGUUUCUGUAUUAUUGUACAAUUUUAAUUGAAAUUACCAAUUAUAUGUAUAAGUGAUUUCGCUUAAAAUGGUGUUACAAAAUUCUGGAAAAUAUAGGGCAGAUAGAUUUGAAAAAUCGGAGAAUAAUGCUGAAGGAAUCGAAAUAGUAAACAGAGAGGAUAGUUCAGAGUUUCGUAUACGUCAAGUAAUUGAAAAUGAUGCUAUUGAUGCAAAAUAUGGAUUCGAGCGAAUCAAAAAUCAACAGGAACGGACUGGUUUUCUUCUAAACAUGCAUUCGACAGAAGUUCUAGAUGAAGAUAAAAGAUUAUUUGCAGCUGUUGACUACUAUUUUAUGGAAGAAGAUGGAACUAGAUUUAAAGUGUCAUACCCCUUUAUGCCCUAUUUCUAUGUUCUUACACAUAGAGAAUUAUUACAAGAAGUUAUCGAAUUUCUAACAAAAAAAUUCACAGGCGUCAUUGCUAAAGUAGAUAUACUUGCGAAAGAAGAUUUGGAUAUGGCCAAUCAUCUUAUUGGAUUAAAACAAAAAUAUAUUAAACUUUCUUUUGUAAAUCAAACUGAUUUAAUGAAAGUUAGGAAAGAAAUUUUAAAAAAUGUGCGUAAAAAUAGACAAAAGGAUCAUUCCAAUACUUUUUAUACAGAAAUGUUAACAAGUACAUUGGCAAAUUCCAAUGCUCAGAGUUCAUUCCAUUCAAACAAAAAUAUUGAUCAAAUGGAAAAUAUUUUGGAUAUCAGAGAAUAUGAUGUUCCGUAUCAUGUAAGAGUAUCAAUUGACUUAAAAAUAUUUUGUGGAUCGUGGUAUACCAUAACAUGCAAAGGAAAAGAUUCGCCUCCAGUAAUAACUUUAAGAAAUGAUAUAAUAGAGAGACCAGAACCAAUUGUACUUGCCUUUGAUAUUGAGACGACUAAAUUACCAUUAAAAUUUCCUGACUCCGCCACGGAUCAAAUUAUAAUGAUUUCUUACAUGAUUGAUGGUCAAGGAUAUUUAAUAACAAAUCGUGAAAUUUUAUCGGCCGACAUAGAGGAUUUUGAGUAUACCCCGAAACCCGAGUAUGAAGGAAAAUUUACCAUAUUUAACGAAUCAAAUGAAAUGUGUUUGGUACAGAAAUUUUUUGAUCACAUAUUGGAAAUCCGUCCGCAUAUUUUCGUUACCUACAACGGAGACUUCUUCGACUGGCCAUUUGUAGAAGCCAGAGCGGCUUCGUAUAACUUAGACAUGAAACAGGAAAUUGGCUUUUCUAGAAACAAAGAAGGCAUCUAUGUGUGUAGACCAGCAAUGCAUAUGGAUUGUUUAUGUUGGGUAAAAAGAGAUUCGUAUCUGCCUGUAGGAUCACAAAAUUUAAAAGCUGUAGCAAAAGCUAAACUAAGAUAUGAUCCUGUUGAGUUAGAUCCUGAAGAAAUGUGUCCACUGGCUGCUUCUCAACCUCAAGUAUUAUCAAAUUAUUCGGUAUCAGAUGCUGUAGCUACUUACUAUUUAUACAUGCAGUAUGUUCAUCCCUUUAUUUUUGCUCUAUGUACAAUUAUUCCUUGUGAACCAGAUGAGGUUUUAAGAAAAGGAUCAGGUACGUUAUGUGAAUCUCUUCUGAUGGUUGAAGCAUUCCACGCCAAUAUAAUUUUUCCCAAUAAACAAGAAUCAGAAUUAAACAAACUGACGCAGGACGGUCAUGUGCUCCAACAAGAAACUUACGUAGGUGGACAUGUCGAAGCGUUAGAAUCAGGUGUUUUUCGUGCGGAUAUCCCAUGCCGGUUUAGGAUUGUUCCAGAUGCAAUAGAUAGUCUUGUAAGUAAAAUAUAUAAGACUUUAGAACAUGCUAUUGUCAUAGAAGAAGGUGUUCCAAUGGAGUGUGUUACAAAUUUAGAAGAAGUUGCGGAUGAUAUUAAAGCCAAACUAUUAGCUCUUAAAAGUUCUCCGAUGAGGCUGGAACGACCCUUGAUAUACCACUUAGAUGUUGGUGCAAUGUAUCCCAAUAUUAUUUUAACCAAUAGACUGCAACCUUGUGCUAUGGUAGACGAAACAAUUUGUGCUGCUUGUGACUACAAUAGACCUGGGGCACUGUGCCAGCGAAAUAUGGCUUGGAUGAUGCGCGAAGAAUAUAUGCCUGCUUCUAAAAAUGAAUACCACCGAAUCCAACAGCAAUUAGAAACUGAGAAAUUUCCUCCCGCAGUCCCUGGUGGACCUCCAAGGGCUUUUCAUCAACUAUCAAAAUUAGAUCAAGCGGAUUAUGAAAAAAAGAGGUUAACUGUUUAUUGUAGAAAAGUAUACAAGAAGUUAAAAUGUACUCGAGUUGAGGAAAGAACUACUACUAUAUGCCAGAAAGAAAACUCCUUUUAUGUCGAUACUGUGAGAGCUUUUAGAGAUCGAAGAUAUGAAUACAAAGGUUUGUCAAAAAAAGCAAAACAAGCUGUGUCCGAUGCUGUUAAAGGUGGUGACGCAUCAGAAAUUAAAUCUGCCAAAAAUCGAGAAGUUUUGUAUGACUCACUGCAGCUGGCACAUAAAUGCAUCCUUAACUCGUUUUACGGCUACGUAAUGAGAAGAGGAGCCAGAUGGCACAGUAUGGAAAUGGCAGGAAUAGUAUGUUUUACGGGCGCUAACAUCAUUAUGAAAGCUAGGGAAAUCAUUGAACAAGUGGGUCGUCCUUUAGAGUUAGAUACAGACGGAAUUUGGUGCAUACUGCCUGCUUCUUUUCCUGAAAAUUUUACAGUUCUGACCAAUCACGACAAAAAGAAGAAAUUUAACAUUUCCUAUCCAAACACGGUUUUAAACGCAAUGGUGAAGGAGUACUUUACUAACGACCAGUACCAUGACCUAAAAAAUCCGGAAACUUUGGAAUAUGAGAUAAGACAGGAAAAUUCAAUCUUCUUUGAGGUUGACGGUCCUUAUAAAGCUAUGGUAUUGCCAGCUAGUAAAGAAGAAGGCAAAAAAUUAAAGAAGAGAUAUGCUGUAUUUAAUUUUGACGGUUCUUUGGCCGAAUUAAAAGGGUUUGAAGUGAAACGAAGGGGAGAACUGCAGUUGAUUAAAAAUUUCCAGUCGUCCGUUUUUGAGGCUUUUCUCAAGGGAGAUACGCUUGAAACGUGUUAUGCAGCCGUUGCUCAAAUAGCAGAUUACUGGUUAGAUGUACUUUUUUCUAAAGGUAAAAACCUACCAGAUUCUGAAUUAUUCGAUUUAAUUGCGGAAAAUAAAUCCAUGUCUAAAAAAUUAGAAGAUUACGGAGCACAAAAAAGUACGUCCAUCAGUACUGCUAAGCGUUUGGCGGAAUUUUUGGGCGAUCAGAUGGUGAAAGAUGCGGGCCUUGCAUGUAAAUAUGUUAUUUCAAGAAAACCGGAUGGGGCACCUGUUACUGAAAGGGCCAUCCCUCUUGCAAUUUUUCAAGCUGAAGAGACGAUACAAAAACAUUACUUGAGAAAAUGGCUGAGGGACAAUUCAAUAAACGAAAUUAAUAUUCGAGAUAUUUUGGACUGGAGUUAUUACAUUGAACGCUUGGGAGGAACUAUUCAAAAAAUUAUCACUAUCCCCGCGGCUAUGCAAGGUGUACCGAAUCCUGUUCCCAGAGUUCGACAUCCAGAUUGGUUACAUAAAAGAAUAUUAGAAAAGAAUGACAAUUUCAAGCAAAGAAGAAUCAGUGACAUGUUCUCGGCUGUUCCGAAAUCAAAAUCGAUUGAAAACGACCCAUCUAAUUCUAAUCAAUCUGGUGGAACAUGUGAAAUCGAGGACAUGUGUAUGGAUAAAAACAAUUCUUCGUUUAAAGCUCCACUUGUGGCUACUGUGACUAAGCGCAAAAGAGGGUCGGAUAAAGAAAAUCAGUACACUGAAGAUGAAUUGAAUAGAACCUGGAGAGAAGUAUUGGGAAAUCCACCACUUGUGGGAAAGACUAAGAGUGAAAUCACUGCCUGGAUAGCUUUUCAAAAGAAAAAGUGGGAGUUCCAAUAUUUACAAAAACAUUCUGGAUCUAAAAAUAAAAAAAUGAAAACUAAUCAAAAGUUAGCAGUAUUACGAUCAUCGGCAUCAGGUACCCUGGGAAAUUUUCUUCAAAGAGCACAGGUGGUAGUCGUUACAACCCCAUGGCAAGUAAUUCAAAUUGCAGAAACCACAAUAUCUGGUCAAUUUAGAUUAUGGGCGUUGAUUCAAAAUGAAUUGUACUUGUUGAAGCUUAUAGUUCCAAGAAUAUUUUACGCAAAUUUGCGCACAAAAAAAGCUCAAGAAGAAGGUGCAGUCUUUAAAACAUGUAAUAGAACACUUCCUAGAGCUAGACAAGUACAUAAUUUAUAUCUUUAUUCUAUACCAGAAGAGGUUUAUCAAGAGCAUGGAAAGAAACUAAUAAUGGAUCAGGCAGACCCCAACGUUGAAGGAGUUUAUGAAACGCAGGUGACUUCAAUAUUUAGAGCUUUAGUUGAGAUUGGUUGUGUCUGUAAGGUUACAUCUCGGGGGUCUAGCAUGGAUACCUUUAAUCUGGAACAGUUAGAAAAAGUUAAUAUCUCACGAACUUAUUUAGAGCAUGGUUCACUGAGACAUGUUUAUUUUUACCACCACAAACAUGCUUCAAAAUAUCAACAUAUGUUCGCAUUAUUUUUAACACCUAUUAAAAAGGCUCUAAUUAUUGUUGUCGAUACCGUAAAGACAAAUUUAUUGCCGAAUAUGUCUAAUUUAUAUCAAGCGGAAAGACUAGUCAAGCUAGAAAAAAAUCCUGAUACAGACUUACUUCCACCAGGAGAGUUAACAUUUGAAAUAAAAAUAGAAACUGAUAUGGCUAAAGUAUAUAAAAUAUUACAAAAAACCUUGCAAUCCUAUAAAGAUGAAAAGAAAGGUCCCACUUUGUUAGCAAUUCAGUCAGCAAUAGAAAUAGGUGAAUUGCAGCACAACAUAUCCAAUCUUAUGGAUUUCCCACAAGUCCAAAUUCAUGUUCAGGAUAUCGAAGAACUUUAUAAUGUUAUUGAUUGGCAAAAAGUUGGUGCAAGAGCAAUAGUCAGACAUUAUUUAAACAGUGAAAAGGUUUUGGAAUUGAUGACUGAACAGAGUAGGUAUUUUCAAUUACCUCUAGGGAAUAUGCCGUCUGACCCAGCUAUAUUCGGGUCUGAUUUAUUCUUUUCUAGACAUCUUAUGAAACAUAAUCACGUGCUGUGGUUUUCUACCACUGAUAAACCAGAUCUUGGGGGCAGCCAAGAAAAUGAUGCAAGGCUUUUGGCAGAGAACCAGGAGGAUUCUUCAGAGGUGUGUAAUGUACCAGGAUGGUACUCAUCCAUUUGUGUGGAAUUAGAUAUUGACAGUUUAGCAAUUAAUACAUUACUUCAGUCUCACCGUGUUACUGAUAUUGAAGGAACAAGUAACAUUACAUCAUUCGAUGCAUCGGAAAUAACUUCAAUCGAUAAUAUGAUAUCUGGAAAUCAAAAUCAAACCUGUUAUGAUGAAAGCAGUAGAUGUGCAGAGUCAUUUAAAAUUUUAAGGGCAAUGGCAGUAGCGUGGAUGAGAGAUAUUUCAAUGCACAAAAAUGUAUUCGCUGAUUUUCAAGUUAUACAUUUUUAUAGGUGGAUGAGAUCUCCAAAAGCUUACUUAUAUGAUCCAGCCCUUUUACGAACUUUACAGAAUUUAAUGAAGAAGCUUUUCUUGCAACUGGUGGCAGAGUUCAAGCGUUUAGGUUGUAUGAUAUUAUAUGCAAAUUUUAACAAAAUCAUUAUUUGCUCUAAGAAAACUACAGUGGAAGAUGCUAUUUCGAAUGUUGAAUUUGUGGUAGCGUCUAUACGUAGCAAAGAACUAUUUCAUUCUUUAGAGAUUACAUAUAGGCAAUGUUGGGAACAGUUAGUCUGGUUGGAUCCAGCAAAUUUCGGGGGAAUAAAAGGAAAACUGCCCAAAGGAAUAGAAAACGAUUCAUUCGAUAAAAGCAACGAUGAAAAUGAAACUGAAAAUGAUGACGAGGAGGAGGAGCCAGUUGUCGAAAUGAAAUGGAAUAUUACCGAACUUCUGCCAGAACGUGGAAAUUGUCGUAAUUAUUUUAAUGCCGUUAUUGCAGGAUGUAUCAAUGCUAUUUACACUAAACUAAAACAACAAGAACGUUCAACAAUAUCUAAAGAAAUUUUAAGUCAGCCAUCUUUUGGAUUAGCACAACAUGAGAGUGUAGUUACUUAUGCCAAAGAAUUGUUAGCGGGGGAGAUAAGUCAAACACUAUUUCAGAUGACAGAAAAAAUUCAUAACCGUCUUCCUCCAAUGUCUGAUGGAUCAAGUGCUGCGUUAGAAUUUGUUAAAGCUAUAUGCCACAUUAUAAGUCUUGAUCCUGCUCUUCGAGAACCAGUAGACACGUUAAAAAGCAAUCUUCUCCGUUUAAUAGGUAUUGGCGAAUUUUCGGAAAAAGCUGUUUGGAAAGACACAACUGUUUCAUAUGUAAUACCGCAAAUAAUUUGUAAGGCUUGUAAUCAUUGCAGAGAUAUUGAUUUAGGUAGAGACCAGUAUAGAUCUGAUUCAGCUUGGAUUUGUCCUUUAUGCAACUCAGAAUAUGACAACACUGAAAUUGAAUGCAUUAUAUUAAAUAUCAUUAAUAAAAAGUUACUUGCCUAUAAUUUACAGGAUCUACAGUGUAAAAAAUGUGCAAAUAUUAAAUUGGACAAUAUUAACAGACAUUGCACAUGCUCAGCAGACUUCAAAUGCCUUAUUUCAAAGACUGAGUUAAUAAAAUUGUUAGAAACAUUCUAUUCUUUGGCACAGACUUUUAACAUGGUAGUUGUAUCCGAAACUGUAAAAAAUAUACUAAGUUUAAUGUAAUGUUUUUAUUGUUUUAAUAAAAGAACAGAAAUUA